UGUUCCGCAAUCAGUAAUGCUACAUCUAUUGCCUCUCGAGAUAAUUGGCCAGAUACUCUUGUAUCUUGAUGUCGCUGACAUAGAAAGCGUUCUCUCUGUUGAUCAAUUCAAGUACGCUUUACACGAUAAGGUACUGCUGGUGGUUGAUAAGGUUUACGACUACAGACGCUUUCCUUCAAUUAAGAAUCGGUGCAAGUGGACAGAUAUACACAGCCAUUCCUUGGUACUCAAGAGCAUGCUCUGUAUAAUAGUUGUCACGGAAGCGACCCAUUAUUUGAGUCCCACCAAACUUUUAGAAGGGGGUGGGCUGGUAAAGUACUAUUACAUCUCAAGGCCAGGAGAUCCCAAAGUCACAAUUACGCCAGAUUCGUUGGAGAAAGUGGAUCUUAGCAGGAACACGUUCUUCUUUUCAGAACUGGAGAAAGUGACACUCGAUAAUAUGGGCUUGCUUUCGCCAAUGCUGCAAUUCCCAGACCUUGUAAGCCUUACGCUUGAAAACACAACUUUUCUACCAGAGAACCUGAACUUGCCAAAAUUGGAAGAGUUAUCCUUAAUUUCAUGUGAAAGCACAGACACUUUUUCAAGAUGGAAUCUACCACUACUGAAUGAGCUGCUGGUCACAGGGAAGUUCAAGACGAUCAAUGAUUCGAUCGAUUAUGGGCACUCCACAAUAAUGAGUCUUAGGCUCCAAGAAAUUACGGAUAUGGAGAAGUGGUCUAAUGUCUUUAGUCCUUCAUUAUCAUACAUUAGUGCAGAAUUUUCCACUGGAAUUCAACAGGUAACAUUGGAAAAUCUGAACUUUUCUUCAUUGGAAGUAUUCAGGUCAUCGGCAAACUCGUUCAAACUUCAUCAAUUGUCGUUUCCCAGGGUUAAAUCAUUCGGGCUCCAAACUGCAUUGGAAGAUGGGGAAGAGGACGAGAUGUCAUAUUUUAAUGCUCCAAAUUUGAUCGUUUUUCAUCUCCAAAAUUUACAAUUCAAAACUCUUGAUCAUAUUUAUACUCCUGCUUUGGUAUCUGUUGAUAUACUCGACGUUAAGACUGUUGGAACUCAUAACUGUGAUCAUACAUUCCUUAAAGGUAUUGAAACCAUGAAUGUCAUUUCAUCUGAUUGGUGGAAACACACAGAUAGUUUGAAACUCUUGACUGUUGAGAAUGUAAGACUACUAUACGAAAUGGGCGACCAUUAUUUUCCUCAUCUGUCCAAUCUUAUUAUCGCACCUACUACAGCUAACACGGAUACAACGCCAAUAAGUUUACCACUUUUAAUGGCACCAUGCCUUGAGAAGAUUGAAUUUUUGGGCAUCCCAGGCAUUUACGAUCUGAGUGGGCUUAACCAUUAUCGAGACUCUCUGGAGAGUUUAUAUCUGUUCCAGUCCGAUUACACUGGUGAAAUUGUUUUUGACGAUCUAUAUCUUCCUUCUUUGCUUGUUUUGAUCUGUGAAUUCGAAUUUCCUGAACGCUUUAUUAUCCAACAUUGCAAGUUCCCAGAGCUAAUCGAGCUUGAAUUGAGAGGAAGUGAAGUUUUUUCAGAUCAAACAGCAAAUUUACAAUUCUCUUCACUGGAACUACCCAGCCUCAAGCUUCUUACUCUAUCAGGGAUAUAUCUGAGCCAAACACUUGAUCUAUCAAAAUACCCAUUAACUAAGAUAUGUUUAAAUCACUGUGGAGGUUUAGAAACAAUUAUCAUGCCACAUGAUGCUGCCAUAGACUUGUUUGAAAUAGAGCCCCAUCCAGAAACUGAAACAAAUCUGAUCACCAUUUAUCAUGACCACACGUUUGAUCCAUCUAAAUAUUGCAAUUUGUAUGAUAGAGUGGAUCUCAUGUUCAUUGAGGUUGGUUCAACAAAGGAAGUCAAUGAUGUAAUCCCUUGAUUUGGGGUAGUGGCUCAAUAGCCGAUUCCAAUGUUCAUUAAUCUACUCACCAAGGCCUGUCAUCUGAUGAAAUAUAUCUUUAUAACAAAUUAGGAGAAUGGUUUUUGUUCAUGAAUUGAUACAAUGUCCAGUUGCGCGU